AUGGCCAACACCACCACCGCCAACCAUUCUGCUCUUUUGAGCCCCCUCGCCAUUGGUCCUCUUAAGAUGCCAAAUAGGGUCGUCAUGUCUGCACUUACCCGCUCUCGCUGUGUCCCCACUAAUGUUCCCAAUGAUCUCAACCUGGAAUAUUAUGUUCAGCGUGCGCGAGGAGGUCCUGGUCUGAUCAUCUCGGAGGGUAUUCUGAUUGUACAACAAGGAACUGAGUGGCAGAACGCUCCAGGAAUAUGGAACAAAGAACAAGUGGAAGCAUGGAAGAAGAUCACUUCUGCAGUUCAUGCUGAGGGUUGUCUGAUUUUUGCUCAGCUCUGGCACCUUGGCAGAACCUCUCAUCCAGAUGCCCCUGAACAGAAAGCUUCGGGAGAGCCUGUGUUUGCUCCAUCAGCUAUUUCUGCAAGAGGCGGAAAGUUUAGAUUUAUCCCUGGUAUGCCUGGAUAUGUGACACCUACUGCCAUAGAUGAUCCUCGUGUUUUGAUCGAACAGUUCAAGCAGUCAGCAAUUAAUGCCAAGGAGGCUGGUUUUGACGGAGUGGAAUUACAUGGAGGGAGCGGGUAUCUUGUCCACCAAUUCCUUGACUCUACCUCUAACGUUCGUACGGACUCAUGGGGCGGUUCGGUUGAAAAUCGCUCCCGUUUCGUUCUUGAUACACUGAAGGAACUCAUCUCCAUCUUCGGGAAUAAGAGAGUCUCAAUUAAACUUAGCCCCAUUGGCGGGUACAAUGACAUGGGGAUGCCAAUUGAAGAAACGCUGAACACCUACAACUACUUCAUAUCUGAAGCCGACAAACUUGACUUGGCCUAUAUUUGUAUGAUGAGAUACCUACCUUUUCUGGACGUGAUAUAUGAUGGUGUACCUCGUGCGAUUCAACAUGACACUCUCACAUCAUACCGCCCAAUCAUCCAAAGGUCACCUUUGUUUUUGAAUUGUGGUGUGACACCCGAUGAGGCAGAGGCUCUGAUCUCGUCGAAGCAAAUCGACGCUGCGGUCUUUGGGAUGCCAUUCAUCAGCCAUCCUGACGUGCCAAAGAGGAUAGCGAUGGGCAUUCCGCUAGACACGCAGAUUGAUUUUGCAACGUUGUAUGGGCCUGGACCUCAGGCGAGUCUGGAGGAGCUGAGGAAGGGAUAUACAGACUAUCCAGAGGCUACUCACAAAAGUUAGAUUGGCUACAAUGAUAUACAUUUAGCUGUGUAUUCGACUGGUCCUUGUAACUCUUCCAUCCUCAUUUCUGAAUAGCGAUGUACGCUGUCGUCUGUGUUGUAUAUAGAAAACAAAGAUCGUAGUGCAAAUU